AUGUCUGCUACGAUGAAUGAAAUACAAUCACCAAACGUGUCGCAGAAUCAUUAUCUUCAUUCCAACCCAAUGCCCUUGUUUGAAAGUCCUGGAAGAUGCUCUAACAACCAAGCCAAUAUCCAACCUUCCGUACAGACCUUGCCUCAACCAACAAUAGAAGCACCACCUGUUCAAAAUAUAAACCCUCCUGAUAAUGAACAACCUACCCGGAUCCCCGUACCAGUAUCCACACAACCUAAGCCGACAACAACUAUCGAUAGACACUUUGUCUCUGUCAGAACUAAACGAACCAAUACAAGCACUCGCUCUGUGCCCUCAUACAUGAGCACCACUCUGUCAUUUCAAAACCGUCACCUUGAGCAAAAGCCAGCUACUGAGAACUCUACUCGAUCUAGAAACAUCAAUACUAGUAAGCGGUCUCCCAAGGCAUCUCGCAUUCCUCGCUACAGACCUACACGAAAUAAUAGCGCUGAAGAAAACAAAGGAGAGAUUGGGCCAGGGGAGGAGUACAUCCCCAUGGCUGCUCGUGUCAAGAUAUUUGAGAACAAUCUCGGUAACGGCUUGGUACCUACACCCAAGGUGACUGAAAAUACACUUGAGAACAUCCAACCUUUUGUACCUCAUAAGCCUACAUUGGCAAAGUCACCUUUUCUACUCACACGCCAGCGCUCUUACUUGAAUCGACAUCAACCUGAACAAGCUGCACUUCCACCUACCACAUCUUCUCGUUCUACAAGCAGUGUACAAAUACAGCGUACUCAAACACCAGCCCAGAAAUCUCGAGCUGCUCCUCAAUCCGACGAUACAUCCUAUCCAGCUGCUAAGAGACAGAGAAAGAUGGAUUCAAAAGCACCUAUUCAGCCAUUCCGGUUUGCGACAGAGGAGAGGGCUCUUCAUUAUCUCAAGGGAUCUCAGGUUAAAGUGGAUGCUUGGAAGGGUAAAGAACAGACAUCUCGUUCCGAAAAAACUCGCUCUACUAUCAGGGUAGCAAAGGAAGAAGAACCACGCAACCCUAGAAAGCGCAAGCAAGAGGAUGCUUUGUCGUAG